AUGUCCAAGACGCUCACCACGUCUUCUAAAGACACACCUGGAACCUCGCCGGACCUCAUCCAUAUCUUCAUUAAAGAGGUCCACUUUCCCCAAUAUUCCUCUUUUAGUGCCUUCCUUCGUGGGGAAGUGCAAGAUCUUGCUGCACGGACUGAGCAAUUCCACGUUGAUUUCCUGAAGUUUGUCAGAUCUGGCGUGUUUGACUCUGAAAUCAAUGUGGGCACCCAUGGCGAUGAUAAAGGUCGUGGCCCAGAGAUGAUUGGGAGGAAUAUAGGGAAGAAAGGCAUGGGUGGACCAGGAAUCAACGUGGGCAAUCACAGCGAUGAAGAAUGCGAUGAGGACUCCUACCGUAUUGCUCACUGGGGCCAGAGAAAGAAGAAGAAAGUUUACGGCCCUGAUGAAUUCGUUGCUACACAAGGUGUGCCCAUUCAGGGCAUAGGCUACCCAUCAAGCCCGUUCACCGUCGUUCUUCGUCUUGGACGUUUCCUGGACUGA